AUGGAUACAGGGAGAGUUCUAACGAUUCUUGCUUUUGUAGCUGUGGUCUGCGCAACAGUCCCAGAUACAAGUAUCACCAUCACAGUUGAUCGAAAUGAAGAGUAUCAGACCAUCCUUGGUUUUGGCGGGUCUUUCUCGGACUCAGCAGCUCUCAAUCUCUACAACCUAUCGUCUGAUACACAGGACAAACUGCUGAGGGCGUACUUCUCAUCCGAUGGAAUUGAAUACUCAUUUGGUCGUGUACCGAUCGCGAGCUGCGAUUUUUCAACAAGGGAAUACUCGUAUGCCGAAACACCGGAUGACUUCAAUCUUGAUGAUUUCCAACUCGCCUUUGAAGACAUUGAUUACAAGAUCCCGAUGAUACAGCGAGCCUCAGCCAUGAGUUCUAGACCCAUCAAGUUGUUAGGCAGUGCCUGGUCUGCCCCAGGGUGGAUGAAGACAAACGGUGCCAUGAAAGGAGGUGGUGCACUCAGAGGGCUGCCUGGAGGGUACUAUUACAAAACAUGGGCUCUCUACCUUGCCAAAUUCCUCGAAGCCUACAGUGCCUAUGAUGUGGACUUCUGGGGUCUAACAACAGGCAACGAACCUACGGCAGGUCUCUUCCCAGGUUGGGACUGGCAGUGCAUGUUCUUCAAUCCUGAACUACAGAGGGACUUCAUCAAGCUCGACAUGGGUCCUAUCUUACACGACAGAGGCCAUAAAGACGUCGAGAUCGUCAUCAUGGAUGAUCAAAGGUUCCAUCUUCCUCACUGGGCUGAAGUGGUCAUCGAAGACCCGGUGGCCUCUCAAUUCGUUUCUGGUAUCGGCCUCCACUGGUACACGGACUUCCUCAUAGAUGCCAGUCGUCUCAACGAAACACACCACGCUUAUCCAGACUACUUCAUGAUCAAUACAGAGGCGUGUGAGGGGUACUUGCCGUGGCAGGAGAAAGUGAUUCUUGGUAGCUGGGAGAGAGGUGAAUCCUACAGCCAUGAUAUCAUUGAGGACCUGAGUAACUGGGUCGGUGGAUGGAUCGAUUGGAACAUGGCUCUAGACAUGAUCGGAGGACCGAACUGGGUGGGGAACUUCGUUGAUAGUCCUAUCAUUGUCAACGCUGAAGAAGACGUGUUCUACAAGCAACCGAUGUACUACCACCUUGGACACUUCAGUAAGUUCAUCGCCCCUGGAUCGGUGAGGGUGGGGUCAUCUAGUGAUCGUGACAGGUUGGUUGAGCAUCUAGCAUUCAAGCUCCCGGAUGGUGACAUGGCACUUGUCGUCUUAAACAGGAAGGAGUUUACGUUCCCUCUUCACAUCUAUGACCCGGAUGUCGGUUACCUGAAUGCCGAGGUUCCAUCUCGCUCCAUUCAAACAUAUCUAUGGAAAUCACCAUCUCGCCUAUAAAUGACGCUCUUUCUCCACCAUUGAUUCAACUAGUUAGAAUGAUUAUUAGGACUUGAAAAGAGUAUUCUCUUUCGAAACCGUCUGUUGAGAGCCAGAAGGGCACUAACCAAUAAUAACUAUAUGUGUAAAUCUCAUCGCAUUACUACAUGUAGUUAUGUAACAGAGUGAUACAAUAAUGUAUAGUGAUGAGGGGCACCACUUCGUCGCCGAGUAGUAAGAAAUGGGGAGGGGGAAGGAGAAAACGCAUUACAUUUUAAUUUACUUUCCAAAGGUAUUGAUACAAAAAAAGAAGAUAUGUCCGAAAUAAUGUGGGCACCCGAAUAGACGGG